ACGUGAGUCCCGAGGGGGGGGUCUCGUGGCCUCCCCGGGCUCCCGCUCCCCUGGCGGAGGCACUUCCGGGACGGGCGGAGGACUAUAUAAACGUGCGGCGCGGCGGCCGGAUCCUCUUUCGCCUCGUCUGUUCCAAGAUGACCAAGAAGAGGCGGAACAACGGGCGCGCCAAGAAGGGCCGUGGGCACGUCCAGCCCAUCCGCUGCACCAACUGUGCCCGCUGCGUGCCCAAGGACAAGGCCAUCAAGAAGUUCGUCAUCCGGAACAUUGUGGAGGCCGCCGCGGUCCGGGACAUCUCCGAAGCCAGCGUCUUCGAUUCGUACGUGCUGCCCAAGCUGUACGUGAAGCUGCAUUACUGCGUCAGCUGCGCCAUCCACAGCAAGGUGGUGAGGAACCGUUCCCGGGAGGCCCGGAAGGACCGUACCCCUCCACCCAGGUUCAGGCCGGCGGGCGCUGCCCCGAGACCUCCCCCCAAGCCCAUGUAAGGAGAUGGUGCUGGAAAUGUGCACCUUGAGCCAGUGCCUCAAUAAAUGACUUUACAUCUGG